CAAAUGCAGUAUACUGUUUCAGUAAGAAAAGAUCUCACCAUGGCACCAUCAGGAAGAAAGCAUGGAGGAAAAGCUGGUAAGCCAGCACAGGAAGAUCAGACCAUACCUACUUUUGACUUUGAGGAGGAAAGAAAAGAACUCAGUGGAUCAGAGGAAGAUAUUAGAGAAGGUGACACACCAGUAAUGGACAAGCAUGGAAAGAAAAGACCUCUGGGGACUACUCAUGUGGUUCCAGAUGAUGUGGGGGGUGAAGUGCAGAAUAUGCUGGAGAGAUUUGGAGCUGACAUUAACAAGGCUCUCUUAGCUAAGAGGAAACGAUUAGAAAUGUAUACAAAAGCCUCACUCAAAACCAGCAACCAGAAGAUUGAGCACAUUUGGAAAACGCAGCAGGAACAAAGGCAGAAGCUCAGUCAUGAGUUCUCCCAGCAGUUCCUGACUUUAUUUCAGCAAUGGGAUGUAGAUGUGCAAAAGGCAGAGGAGCAGGAAGAAAAACUAGCAAACAUGCUUCGUCAACAACAAAAAGUUUUUCAACAGGCAAGAAUAGUUCAAAGUCAGAGACUGAAAACCAUUAAGCAACUCUACGAGCAGUUCUUAAAGAGCAUGGAAGAGCUGGAGAAGAGCAAUGAAAAUCUUCUGGCUGGUGCCCAAAAUGAACUUCGCAAGGAAAUGGCGAUGUUGCAGAAGAAGAUUAUGAUGGACACUCAACAGCAGGAGAUGGCAACUGUUCGCAAGUCUCUUCAGUCCAUGUUAUUCUGA